AGGCGGGGCAGUUUCUCUCAGAGCUAUUGACCAGCCGAAAGGAGAACAUUCCUCUCAAGCUUUCUGAAGACUGUCUUUACCUCAGUAUUUACACUUCUGCUGACUUGACCAAGAAAAACAGGCUGCUGGUGAUGGUGUGGAUCCACAGAGCGGGGCUGAUGGUGGGUGCGGCAUCAACCUCUGAUGGGCAGGUACUGGCAGCCCAUGAAAACGUGGUCGUGGUGACCAUUCAGCACCGCCUGGGCAUCUGGGGAUUCUUCAGCACAGGGGAUGAACACAGCCGGGGGAACUGGGGUCACCUGGACCAGCUGGCUGCCCUGCACUGGGUCCAGGACAACAUUGCCAUCUUCAGAGGAAACCCAGGCUCUGUGACCAUCUUUGGAGAGUCAUUGGGAGCAGAAAGUGUCUCUGUUCUUAUUUUCUCUCCAUUGUCCAAGAAUCUCUUCCACCGGGCCAUUUCUGAGAGUGGUGUGGCCCUCACUCCUGCUCUGUUGGACGAGGGUGACAUCAAGCCCCUGGCUGAGCAAAUUGCUAACACUGUUGGGUGUGAAACCACCAACUCAGCUGUCAUGGUUCACUGCCGGCGUCAGAAGAUGGAAGAGGAGCUCUUGGAGACGACAUUGAAAAUGAAUUUCUUAACUCUGGACUUACAUGGAGACCCCAGAGAGAGUUACCCCCACACACCCACGGUGAUUGAUGGAGUGGUGCUGCCAAAAACACCCGAGGAGCUUCAAGCUGAAAGGAAGUUCCACACUGUCCCCUACAUCGUCGGAUUUAACAGGAAGGAAUUUGGCUGGUUUCUUCCAACGUUGAUGAGCUAUCCACUCUCCGAAGGGAAACUGGACCAGAAGACAGCCAUGUCACUCUUGUGGAAGUCCUAUCCCUUUGUGCUCAUUCCUAAGGAAUUGAUUCCAGAAGCCAUUGAGGAGUACUUCGGAGGAACAGACGACCCUGUCAAAAAGAAAGACCUGUUCCUGGACUUAAUGGGGGACGUGCUGUUCGGUGUCCCAUCUGUGACUGUGGCCCGGAACCACAGAGAUGCUGGAGCACCCACCUACAUGUAUGAGUUUCAGUACCGUCCAAGCUUCUCAUCAGACAUGAAACCCAAGACGGUGAUAGGAGACCACGGGGAUGAGCUCUUCUCUGUCUUUGGGGCCCCAUUUUUAAAAGAGGGUGCCUCAGAAGAGGAGAUCAGACUUAGCAAGAUGGUGAUGAAAUUCUGGGCCAACUUUGCUCGCAAUGGAAACCCCAAUGGGGAAGGGCUGCCCCACUGGCCAGAGUACAACCAGGAGGAAGGGUACCUGCAGAUUGGUGCUAACACCCAGACAGCCCUUCAGAAGCUGAAGGACAAGGAAGUAGCUUUCUGGACCAAACUCUUUGCCAAGAAGGCAGUGGAGAAGCCACCCCAGAUAGAACACAUUGCGCUGUGAACGGAAGGUCCAUCCAGCCUCGGGAACCUGGAGGAGCCAAGACUGGGGUCUUUUGCAAAAGGGAUUGCAGGUUCAGAAGGCAUCUUACCAUAGUUGGGGAAUUGUC